CCUCCGCUAAAGGGAAAGCCAUGGCGAUCCAGAGUCGGUGUGUGCCCCCACCUGAAGCGGGAGGAAACCGCACUGUCCGCAGGAUCGGAGCCGCUUGCCUUCUGUCCUUGGCCGCCUUGCUGGGCUCGAUCUGUCUUGACCUGGACAGCAGCCUGAGGACGUGGAGAGAGACAGAGAAUGCGCUCCAGGCUGUGGCUUCCUGCAGAAACCUUCUCCUCCUUCACCUGAUCAACCGGCUGCAGGAAGAACGUGCCUUUGUCUGGUGGCAUCCAAACAGCUCCUCGGUCACCCACAGCAGCGACUGGAUCCAGGGCACCUGCAAAGAACUGGCGCUCGCCAUCCGGAAGAGCCACUCGGGCUGUUUGAAGGCAGAAUUUCCUUGUCCCCAGUUUGUGAAUGGCAGCACAGAGAUUGCAAGCUGGCCGCUUGAUGAGGAUGAGGGGGACAAUCUCAUCUCGUCCAUUAUCUCCAACCUACUGAGGGCCCUCGAGGGCCCAGAAAGAGACCUGAGCCUGGCCAGGUCUAACCAGGACUGGGCAGAUGUGCUGUCUCUCAGGAUGGUACUUAGAUCCAAGGAAGAGAUGUUCAUGUGGUACAGGUCACAGCUCGCAGCCUCCUCACAGCGUGCUGGACCAGGGGAUCCUCCGACAACAUGGCACCAAAUCUCAACCAGGCUGAACCAUGCUCUGUUCAUGUCAGAAAACCUGCAGGGCUGCUGCAGAAAGAACAUGAAUCUCUCGCUCCACUUUACUGACUGUGAAGGAGUCUGUCAGUUCAUACCUUCCACUGACCUGGUGUCUCAAACGUCCCAGAGGGAUGUGAUACUUCACCACAUCAGCUUUAUCCAGGAUUGUCUACUUCACAUCAGCACAGACUCGAUGCGAGAGAAAUCCAGAGACAUUCUGUCUGCCGUGAGCUUCCGGAUCACCUUGUUGAGCACCGCCUGCCUCAUUUACCCGAUAGUGUUGCUCUCCUUCAAACAGAUGACCGAAUGGAUCCAGAACUAUGCCCGGGGCCUGAAGGAGCGCACUGAGGAGCUGAAGCUGCAGAGGCGCCUGGCCGAGGACCUCCUGCAUCAGAUGUUACCCAAGUCGGUGGCGAAACAGCUGAGGAGGCGCGAACAUGUCGAAGCGGAGAGUUAUGAACAGAUUAUUCUGAUGAGUGAAGAUGACUUCAACAAAAUUAGCAUUUUUACAGCAAUUGUAAACCAAGAACGUCAUGACGAGCCUUUAUAA